AUGUCUCUCUUAACAACACUCGGCCUCUUCGGCCCAGCCGACUCAGUACCAAACUACAGUCCCUUCUUCUUAGGGUUCCAAUUUGUCUAUGCUUACGGGAUCCUGUCAUCCCGUACCUUAAAGCAAUGGUACGGCCUAGACCACAAUGUGUCGCCUCGCGAAGAUCUCGCAAAAUACGGAGAAGCUGCUAUCCGCGAAGGAAAACUUACACGUCGUCAAUAUGAUAUGCUGAAGCGAAAUGAGGCUGCUCAUUCUAACUCUGUUGAGGGUUUCUCGCUGUUUGUUGCUGGGUUGGGUAUUGCGUCCGUAGCGGGUGUGUCUACACGAGUUAUAAAUACGGCUGGAUUAUCUUAUACCGUUGCCAGACUCGCUUAUGGGGCAAUUUAUAUUCUUGUUGAUCAUCCGAAAUGGAGUCAGUUGAGGGGAGUUGUUUGGUGGUGCGGAAAUUUGAGCUGUCUUUAUUUAUUAUGGGAGGCGCAGAAAGUCUUUAGCAUUGGUGGCUAA